AUGGAAGAAGAAAAGAUCGACCAUUUCUCCGUCCUCCUAACGGAAUCGCAAGCCGAGUCCCUCAAGGAGUUCAAUGAAGGCGUUCGCCGCUGCAAGACCGAUGCCGAGAAAUUCUCUCUAUGCAGACAGAUGCGCAGCCGGCUGCUGGAACGGCAUGAUUCGUUGGGGGUGUUUAUUGCUGAGAAGGCCAUACUCGCCACUUGUCCAGAACAUCAAAGCUACAAAGAAAGGAGGCAGACACGAAAGAGGGCCGACGACGACGAAGAAUGGCAGCGUUUCGUCGGCGUCGCAGCCAGCGGAUCCGAUGUCAUCGAGAAGUGUUUACCAUACCUGAAGCUCGCAAGCCUUGUCUGGGGCCGAGAUAAGAUUCAACACUAUCUCUGGCACGACAGAGGCUUGUCUUUCUGCAAGAAGCUUGGCGCCGUCGCGAAGAUGAUGCCAUGGCAGGAGUUUGUCACCAAGGCAAACCGGCUCUUGUGGUGGAGAGCUACUAUGGAGCGCAAGCACAGGAGACGCCACGUAAGGAACUCGCCAGAUCCGCUCGACGAGAACGAGCUACACUGUCUGCGAGCCUGGUCAGGCGAGCACUCGUACGUCAAAGACAAAGACCCUGACCUGGUUGAGCUCGAUCCCAAGGGCCUUGGGCCUGAAGAGGUGCCUGACGGGUUCGGUUUCGACAAGUUUGGACUCCUAGUCCACAGCCAACAUGCAUUACCAGCCACACAAAAUGGGACCAACGCACCUGAGAUUGGUCACAAGAAAGUGACGUUACUGGAAUCCGAGCCUGUCGUUGGCAGCCGCGGAUCUGCGGACCAAGAUACGACAAUGAUCUCACCAGUAUCAGAAAUAACCAGCGAGGCACCGUCAAGUGACCUCACCAUCCCUGACUCCACUUCCGGCCAGCGUUCGGAAUUCGCUGCCAGGAGGGAGAGUACAGACUCAAGGGCCCUCAAUACUCCUGAGACUGGUUCCUCAUCUUGCUCAGAUCCUGGAGCACCCGGGGAGGAGGCCGAUGUUCAGGCCGCGGAGGAUGCUCACAACGCUAAUGACGACAGGGCCGACAUCGUUGUUGACCCUGGCCCUCCUAAAGCGCGCGCGCCCCGCCGAAGGAAAGGCAGGGUCUUUAACUCAAUAUCCAAAACUAGCGAGUGCCCCACAGAAGGAAUCCCUGGGCCACUUGGGACGACGAACUUAGAACGGUGCUGUCCAGCCACUAUUUCAGCCGAGCUUUUGCAGAUCCUCGACCUUGGAACAGCGGAUCGUGCUGCUAAAAUGCGCGUUCUGGUCUGUCACGUUCGGAAUAGCGGUGGUGCCAUCCCGCGAGAAUUAUGUGUGAAACAUGUGCGGAGGUUCGCCGAGGCACUCGUCCUUUCUGAACAGGAUAGUCAAGAUAUCUCACCUGCAGCCAGUGGUCUGCGGCGGCGCCGGGCCUCAUUUACUGACGCCGAUGGAAAUCAUGCGUACAGGAGAAUCCGGGUUGAUGAGCAAUCGUACAACCAAGGGCCUUCAGCAAUUACUAUAGCCCAACAAAGUCGGCCGACGCACGACCGGGUUGGUGACGAAGCCUUUCGGAAGCAGGUCCUCCAUCAGCUCGAAAUAAAGAGACGACAAGCAGUCCCGAGCUCUCAAGGGGAGAUGAGAGACGACCUGGUCUACAAUAUAUUGCUGGACAGUACACCACCGGUGCUGAGUGGGUCGAGCACCACUGAGGCGCAUUUUUGGUCCGGAGAUGAGGCAGCGAUAGGGUUCGAGGUCCACCUUCCUGGAGUUCCUGUCUUCACACAAGGCCAGCAGCGUUUCCGCUGGCGUGAAGGUCAUCCUAUCAGGCAGCUAUUCGAUCGAAUAGUAGAUUUCGAUCGGCUGGUGGCUGUCCAGACAUCAUCCCUCGGUACAUACGGCCAUCCGUUUCAACACAAAUCUCUGCACAAAUCGCUGAGAGAGGUGUGCGAGCGCUUCCUACGCGCUCAGCCUACCACCGACCCUUGGAGCCUUCUCGACGUCCGGAGCCCGCUUCCACCAUCGAUCCUGCCGUCUUUUCUGGAUGGUGACAACUGCCAGUUGCUGUCGCGAAUGCGUGACGCGGUCCAGGCAGGAGCUGAGGCAGAGGCAGAGGGAUCAACCCGACCCGGGCAUGAGUGGAGAGAAAGUUCAGAAUGGGCUCUCCUCUCCGAGGGUGGACACAAUACGGUACCUCGCAUAGACAGCCACGGUCUUUCGACCUGGAUUACAGCUCAAGAGGGCUGCAUCGGCUUUGGAUGGAUGUCACGUCCGACCCGCGGGGAGUAUCGUGAUUGGAUGCUUAACCCCACUGCACCCCACAGAGACAGCCGUUGGAGGUAUGUUGUACUCCGCCCAGGCUGGACAGUCUUUUCCCCCUCAGGCACAAUUCACUUUCUUUUCCGACCCGAACGCGUUCAGACACUUGCACUAGGCGGCCACAUACUACAGUGGACAGGCAUUAGUUUAUGGCUGGAUGUUGUGGGCGAGCAGUUGAAAUACGCGGGCGCUACAGGUGAAGAUGUGGGGAAAUAUGCAAAGAGUAUCUCCGUUGUUUUGGAUCUUGUCGUCAAGAAGGUCAAGAGCGGUGGGCCGGACGAGCUUGGUGAUAAGGAAGAAUUACAGAAGAUCCGCAACCAUAUAACUGCAAUGCGGACGUCUACGGCCGGCCUCAGCAUUCCUUCGCGGAUCGAGGAAGAGCUUAUGAGACUGGUAUCAGGCUCUGUACACCUCGAUCAAGACGCUGACCAUGCCUAG